GUAUGCACUUACCAAUUCCAAGCUGCUGGAGUGGUUGACCAUGGAGGCAAAUAUUUAUGGAAAGUCCAAAGAGCACAUCCUCACUGACAUGUGCAGUACUUGCUGUAUAAGAAUUAACAUAGAAAUUAUGAACUUUUACUAAGUUUACUAAAGAUUUUGAAUUCUGAUGAUCACAAGCAUCUAAAAUUCUGAAAAUGACCACUGUAGUAGAAGAUUUCCCAUCAAGUGAAACAGAAACUUCAUCUUCCAAUGAGCCAACUUCUGAAGACAAAGAUACAAACAGAGAUUUGUUGGGGAAUCCUUCAGAGCCUCUUAAGUGUGAAAUUUGUAGCAAAGUUUUCAUUUCAUCAAGUUUUCUCAUGUGCCACAUGGAAAUCUAUCACAAAGUCAAGAAAAAAGUGAACAGAAAGAAAAAUGAUAAAGUUAUUGACGUUUUGUGUAAUGAAGAGCUUUUGUUGGAAACAAAAAGUUUUAAUGGAGAAGACAUCAGUGAAGAUGAGAACCACAUAAUUUGUAGUAACAGUUGUACCAACAGUGUAAAUUGUGAAGUACUACUUGAAGAACCAAUGGAAGAUCAGCCUCAGAACAAUAUUCACAUGGACAAAAAUGCUUGUGUUGAAAAUCAUUUUUCUGAUUUAGAUGAGAAUCAGGAGAAGAAUGAAGAAACUAGGGAUCUAGAGGAACAGCCCACAACCAAUAUUGAAAUGCACAAAAGUAAGAACAAGAUGAGCAAAAAGGAAGGUGAUGAAGCUGUUGGUGUUUUAUGUAAUGAAGAGCUUUUGUUGGAAGCAAAAAGUUUUAAUGAAGAAGACAUCACGGAGGAUGAAGAUGAGAACCACAUGAUUUUUGGUAACAGCUGUAACAAUAGUGUUAAUUGUGAAAUACUUCUUGAGGAAUUAAUGGAAGAUCAGUCUCACAACCAUAUUCACAAGGACAAAACUGAUACUUGUGAAAAUGAAUUUUCUGAACUAAAUGAGCAUCAUGAGGAUGAGGAAACUAGGGAUUUAGAUAGACAGCCUGCAUCUGAUAUUGAAAUGAAUAAAAGUGGAUCUUGUGAAAGAGUGUUUAUUAUGGAGGAUUCUUUAGCAACUUAUAAGGAACAAGAUAAGUCUUCAAGUUCUGAUGAGCAUCAUUGUACUCAAUGUGUUUUUUCUGCUAAAAGCUAUCUUGAGCUUUUAAAUCACAUAGCCACUCACCAAGAUUGCCAAGAAGAUAAACGACCCUUCAAAUGCCUGGAAUGUGGGAAAAAGUUCAAAGCAGAAGGACAUCUUCGUCAACAUCAAGAAGCUCAUGCUCAGUUUGAACUAGUGAAGUGCAGCCUUUGUAACAAUUUGUUCAGAAAAGGCUCUGGUCUAGCUACCCACAUGAGAGUUCAUCUAAGAAAAAAUCCUUCUUCACAGUCUUGUGAAAAUGUUAAACUUAAUAGCCAGGAAAUAAUUGUAAGAAAGAUCACUAAUACAGGAGAUAAGCGUUUUCACUGCUCUGUGUGUGAUAAAGGUUUUUCUUGUACAAAUAAUGUUAUGAAACAUUACAUAGCAAAACAUGAUCCUAACAAUCCAAACAUUCCUUCUACAUCUUUUGAAAGUUCAGAAAAAGAUAAUGAGAUUGAAAAAGUUUUGUCUACAGAUUCAUACCCAUGUGAAAAGUGUGGAAGACUGUUUACAUCUUUGAAAACAUUGGAAGGGCAUAAAAAAAUACAUCGAAAUGAAACAGAAAACCGACGUUUUAGAUGCCCUUAUUGUAAAUAUUCUACAAACAAAUCUACAGAUCUGCGUAAUCAUGUUGCAAUUCACACUAAUGAACGACCACACCAGUGCAGCUGUUGUGGAAAAGGAUUUACUGAACAGAGCAGCUUACGUAAACAUAUGCUUACUCACACGGGAGAAAAACCUUAUGCCUGUGAUGUUUGUGGGAAAAAAUUCACACAGCGUGGACACACCAACAUUCACAUGAGGAUUCACAACAAAGAGAAACCAUACCGCUGCCCUUACUGUGAAAAAACAUUUGCUUAUCAUAAUGUCUUAACUCGUCACCUGAAGACUCAUACAGAAGAUAGACCAUACAAAUGUACCUAUUGUAGUAAAACUUUUAAACGCAGCAGUGCUCUUCAAGGCCAUGAAAUUGCUCAACACACCCAUGAAUAUCCUUUGAAAUGCACAGAAUGUGGAAAAGGAUUCAUAGAGUUUGGAAACAUGCAGAUCCAUUUAAGAAAUACUCAUAAUAUAGCAAUUUACAAGCUUAAAGAAGAACAUAAUUGAUUCUUGAUAAAUAUUGUCUCAUUUUACAUUCAGUCGUGUAUAUACAUGUGUUAAAUACAUUUCACUAUGGUUGCAUAUGUAAAAAUUCCAAAGUGAAUAAGUUUGAUGGGUUACAUGAUGUAAUGGCUUUUUAAUAGGUUAUGCACAGCAUGUACUUGAAUAGUGUUUAUGAAAAUCAGGGAAGAAAA